AGUUAAGUUCCAUUUGGUGAAUUGUCUGUAGCGCAAUCCUAGGUGUCUGAAAAUAUGUGUAUUAAACAGUUUGGAGAGUGGCUUUGCGGAAUCUCGUAGUUGGGUUUAUCUUUUCACUCACUCUGUUGGCUAAACUGCUUUUCUAGGGUUCAUUUAUCUUUCGCCUCCCUCUCUUUUCUUUUUUCAAUCCCCUCCUUCUUUCAGGUCUCUUCUAAUCUAUCUUUUCUUUUUAUGUUUUGGCUUUCAAUUUCAAUUUGACUGCUUUUUUAUUUUUAUUUUUGGUACUGUUGAGUUCCUUUUCCAUGGUGGAUCUUCCUUUGUUUCAGCUGAGAUAUCCUUGUUUUUCAUUUACAACUUAGAGGCAAAGCUCAAGUAAAAUGCAACGGGCAGUUCGAGCUUUUUCGGUGCACGGAAAUACUGUGAAAAAUGCGAUCUUGCAUCGCAUUCGGGUUGUCAAUCCGGUUAUACGACCCGUUAUGUUUUCCAGAUCACUUACAUCUACUAGUAUGGAAGAACAUGGCUUCGAGAGCACCACUAUUUCAGACGUUUUGAAAGCCAAAGGCAAAGGUGCAGAUGGAUCCUGGCUUUGGUGCACUACGGAUGACUCUGUGUACGAUGCUGUGAAAUCGAUGACUCAACACAAUGUUGGUGCUCUGGUGGUUGUUAAACCUGGAGAGCAGAAAUCAAUUGCGGGUAUCAUCACAGAGAGAGAUUAUCUUAGGAAGAUAAUAGUACAUGGAAGAUCAUCCAAGUCAACUAAAGUUGGGGACAUCAUGACUGAAGAGAACAAGCUCAUCACGGUCACACCUGAGACCAAAGUUCUGCAAGCAAUGCAAUUGAUGACAGAUAACCGAAUCAGACACAUUCCAGUGAUCAAUGAGAAGGAAAUGGUAGGCAUGGUUUCCAUUGGAGAUGUGGUUCGUGCUGUGGUGAGCGAGCACCGUGCAGAGCUGGACCGCUUGAAUGCUUACAUACAGGGAGGUUACUAGAUGAUGAUGAUGAUGAUGAUGAUGGAAUAUAGUGUAUGUUUCACUUGUUGGACUUAAGCAAGCAAGCAAGGGGAGAGCUUGCAAAUAUGCUAUGUUUUCGUGGUUUUUCUGUGAAGAUGCAAGUGAUGUUGGAAUAAUUACCAUGUGGACUAAGUGUUUGACAAUAAUCAUUCUCAUUUUGCUUCCUUCCUAUUUGACUAGGAAAGUGGCAAAAGCAACCUUGAUCAGUUUGAUUUCUGUUUUUCUAA